CUGAGGUGCUGUAUAUAAGCAGUGAAGAUGGCUAAGGAGGAUCCCUGUGGGCAACUCAUUGACCAUUCCCACAUCCCUGACUUUGAGGUCCGGCUGGUGGUGAAAAUCUCCUUGACUGUAAUCUAUGGGAUUAUUUUCCUGGCUGGCAUUGUGGGGAACAGUGUAACAAUCCAGACCACCAAGUUGCUGAGGGACAAAGGUUACCUUCAGAAGGGAGUGACGGACCACAUGAUCAGCCUGGCCUGCUCUGACCUGCUGGUCCUUCUGCUGGGGAUGCCAGUGGAGUUAUACUCAGUCAUCUGGUUUCCCUUCUCCUCCUCCUAUGGGAAUGUCACCUGUAAGGUGUACUGCUUCCUUUUCGAGGCCUGCAGCUAUGCCACCAUCUUCCAUGUGGCCACUCUCAGUUUUGAGCGAUACAUGGCAAUUUGUCAUCCCUUCCGCUUCAAGGCUGUGUCAGGCACAUGGAUGGUGAAGCUGAUGAUUUGCUUUGCUUGGCUGACCUCUGUGUGUGUGGCACUGCCCUUGAUUUUUGCCAUGGGGGCAGAAUAUCCUCUGAGCCCUAUGUCUGGUCGGCACUCACGAUGCAACACCUCCACAUCAUUUCAUAUGAAUGGCAACUUUACCCUGUGCACCAACCUCCAUUCUAAGUGGCUUGCAUUUCAGGCCAGCAUCUUCAGCGCUUUUGCAAUCUACAUAGUUGUGCUGGUCUCUGUGGCUUUUAUGUGUCGCCGAAUGAUGGUCAUUUUGAUGGUGACGAAGAAAGGAACAAUCACUGUGAAGGGUCAGCCUGGCACUAGUGUGACCACUGAAAUGAGGACAAGUGACCGCUCCGAAGCCAGAUCUGCCCGCAAACAGACAACAGUCUUCUUAGGCCUCAUAGUUCUGACUCUUACUUUCUGCUGGAUGCCCAACCAGGUUCUCCGCAUCAUGGCAGCCAGUGUACCCAAGCAGGAAUGGACAGUCCACUACUUCCGGGCCUACAUGACGCUGCUCCCAGUCGCUGACACCUUCUUCUACCUCAGCUCUGUGGUGAAUCCACUCUUAUACAAUAUUUCUUCCAAACAAUUCCGAGACGUUUUCCUUCAGGUCCUUCGUUGUCACCUGACACUGGAGCAUGUCAACGUAGAAAAGCUCCGCAGAGCUCACUUAAACUCUGCUGCCAGCGCUAACUACAAGCGGCCUCUGAUCUCCAUGUCCUUUAAAAGACACAGCAUGGCCACCCACCAGAACUCAUGCCAGACUUCUAGGAAGCAACCCGGGCAGGAGAGCAGAGGAGUGCCAAUGACCUCACAGCAAGAUCACACAGGAAUAAUGGUGCAGGCGACAUCUGGCAGGAAUGGCCUUUGUGAAAGUGAAAUCUGAGGCAUUCUGAUCCGAGCAUUCACGAGCCUUGUGACACACAAGAGCAAAGUCACCGGGAAUAAUCUACUUGUGCUUUUUAUUGUCAUUACAUUUAUCUAUAGAGCCAACAUAUUUCAUAGCAAAGGACAAAGAAAGAGUGAAGACAAGCAGCAUAACACACAAGUCAGACACUGGGUGAGAUACAAGAUGGAGACAGGGACGCGGGGACGUACAUGGUGGGAAGAAAUGCGCGGACGUACAAAAUGGUGGGAAGGGACACGGGGACAUAGAACAUGGUGGGAAGGGAUGCGGAAAUGUAGAACAUGGUGGGAAGGUGUAUGAGAAAACAUAAAAAUACAAUGGGAAGAGGCAUGACUGGAGACAUUGCUAUGUCUUAAGGAUGUGUUUUUGUGCUGGAUCUCAAUGGCAAAGAAUGGAUUAGUAUACUGCAGAUACAUGGAAACAAUGUCCCUAAUAAAAUUUCAUAAUGGUCUUCUGACGUUAUUUCGAUUGACAAAAUUACAGAAUCAAUCAAGCCAGAGAUAGUGUAGGCGAGAGAGUGAUACACAGCCCCAUUAUUCUGAGCAAUUCCUACUUCCAACAUUGGCAGCAUGUAGCUCAUGAAGUUAGUCAUGUGUCCACAGUUGGCCUGGUGGGUAAAAGGGGCGAUUUAUUAGAGUUUCAGGAAUGGACGAUUAUUGGUUUUCGGGGCCCAGGGUGGCGGUAUUUCUGACAACGUGCAGUGUAAACAGUUCUCUGCUGCUGUGGUGAAAGUAUAUGGAGUGGACAAAUGGCAGCAAUGUAAAUAAGACAUGUUAAAAACUGUUGUGACCACGUGCCAUUGAAGGGAGAAUUGAACGUCAGCUAUGAAGGUGCGCGAGGGCAGGCUGACACGCUACAGUGGAGCAGCUAACUGCUAAAAUGAACUAGAUGCAUGUCUUACAGACUAGUUCAGAGAACCCUAUUGCGUAUGGUGCUCCGGAGCAGAUGGAAAGUCCCUGCACCUCUGAAGCCUUUUCU